GCCUUUUGUUUGAGGCUCUCUGGCUGUUGUUGCCUCAAGAAGAAGUUGCACUCACAAGUUGCUUUUUCCAAUAACAUCUGUCACCCUUUCGGAUAUUCUAUCUUUCUUUCUAUCAAUAUUCUUAUUUUUAGUAAAUUACCAGUUUAAGGUUUUAAAAAAAAAUUUCUUUCCCGUCUUCGUCGUGUGAAUGGUUUUGCAUUUCUUGGGGCUGAUGGAGGAGGUUUGAUGGGAUCAAUAUUCUCCCAGAGGCCACAUAUUCCGGUUCUGGGUUUUGAUCCUUCGAAGGGAAAUUCUUGAGGUUGUUGGGGUUGUGUGUUGUGUAAAUGUUAUAGUUGUUGUCCAUUGGGGUGAUUUGGAAGCUAGUUAUCCCUCCAAGUUUCGUUCUUUGAAAGGAAUAUUUGGAAGUUGAUGUCAGCUUCACGGCAAAUUGAAAUAGGAUAGAAAUUCUUACAAAGUUUGAGGGCUAGCAAUUCAUUGGUUGCACAGACUCGGAAGAUUUGUGGACAAAACUACCGGAACCUCUCUCAAGAAUCAUGUGGGAAUAGUGGUCUUUGACUGUUACAACCAAUUCUUUUGGAUAUCUGAGAAACUUUGAUUGGGUUGUUGUUGGGUUGGUAAAAGGAAUGAGCCUUUGAAAGAGAAGAAGAUCUGUCCAACUCCAACAUCGGAUUGAUUAAGGUUUUGAUGAUUUCAUAGGUAUUUGCCCAGAAGAGAAAUAGGAACCUUUUCUUGAGGCUGUGAAAGGACCCUGCUUCCAAUUUCCUAAAUAGUUAAUUGUCGUGUUGAUUUCUGAGGGACAUGAAGUUUUUGAGCCUGGUGGGAAACUCUUUUGGCUGUUCUGCAUCUGGUGAACGCUUGGUUUCUGCAGCAAGAGAUGGGGAUAUUCAAGAGGCCAAGGCCUUGUUGGAGUAUAACCCCCGUCUUGCAAGGUAUUCUACUUUUGGAGUUCGCAAUUCCCCUUUGCAUUACUCUGCAGCUCAUGGCCACCAUGAGAUAGUGUAUCUCCUGCUUGAGUCCGGAGUUGAUAUCAAUCUCAGGAAUUAUCGUGGUCAGACUGCACUGAUGCAAGCUUGUCAACAUGGUCACUGGGAGGUGGUUCAGACUCUGAUUAUUUUUAAUGCCAAUAUCCAUAAAGCAGAUUACCUAAAUGGAGGUACUGCCCUCCACUUGGCUGCUUUGAAUGGCCAUACCAGGUGCAUUCGGCUCAUCCUUGCAGACUAUAUACCCAGCAUCCCUAACUUUUGGAAUGUAUUACAGACGGGUGAUCAUAAAUCACUUUCAGAAUUUGAUCAAAGGUGCUCACACUUAAAGCCCUAUAUGCAAUCGUCUGUUAUAAAUUGUUGCAAUGAGUUAAUUUUGAUUUUGAAUUGUUGUGUACAAAGUGGUCUUUGCGAGGUAAUUAGCAGAACUGCUGAUGGAGGCAUCACUGCUCUGCAUAUGGCAGCAUUAAAUGGGCAUGUUGAAAGUGUUCAGUUACUCUUAGACUUGGGAGCUUCUGUAUCUGAGGUUACUGUGGAGGAUGGAACUACCAUUGACUUAAUUGGUUCUGGAAGCACUCCACUCCAUUAUGCUGCAUGUGGUGGAAAUGCACAAUGCUGUCAACUUUUGAUUGCCAAGGGUGCCAGUCUGGCUGCUGAGAAUGCAAAUGGAUGGACCCCCUUGAUGGUUGCUCGUUCAUGGCAUAGAAACUGGCUUGAGGACAUCUUAAAAACACCUCCAGAAGACCCUUUGCAAGUUCUCCCUUCUCCAUAUUUAUCUCUUCCACUUAUGAGCAUUGUGAGAAUUGCUAGGGAAUGUGGAUGGAGGACGACUGAAAUAGCACCAACAUGCUUAGAUCCAUGUGCUGUUUGUUUGGAAAGGAAAUGUAUGGUUGCUGUAGAAGGUUGUGAUCACGAGUUCUGCACACAAUGUGCCUUGUAUCUUUGUUCUGCCAACCCAACCUCAACAACCACACACGGCCCCCCAGGAUCAAUUGCAUGCCCUCUAUGCAGGCAUGGCAUAGUCUCAUUUGUGAAGCUUCCAGACGCAAGACCAAUACACAAGGAAAUACCAAGGACAACAAACUUGUCCUUAACAUUUUGCACCUGCUCAAGUGAAGUGUUGGAGGAUUCCACCGACAUGACCACCCCAUUUUGCAAACCAACUUCCCGUGGAUCCAAAUCUUCUCCAUCAAAAUCAUUUCGCUCCAUGAGCUGCCAAAGGUUAUCCUCAUUCAGAAUGAACCCCAACCUUUGCUUGGGAGCAGAUGUUAGUCCGUCCUUAGUUCCUUGCACUGUGAGCAGGAACUUGAGGAACCAUGGGACAAGAUGUUCUGGUUCUGGUUUUAGGCGAUCAUCUUCUCAAACCGAGAGAAGGAAGUCAUGGUUUUGUUCCUUCAAUCAAUCUGUUUCCACAGGCAGUGGAUGCUGACAACAUUUUGCUCUUUUCAUGCUUUUCAUUUACCACACCAUAAAAUAUAUAAGCAUAAUUAUACUCGUCAAUCCGAAUAUCAUCCACUGUUGACAUCUUUGCUUGUAAAUACCAAGCCUAAUUGUUCAGCUGGGACAAGCAUUUCUUUUUUGGCAACAAAUUUCACAACAAAAUUUGUACAACUCGUGGCUGCUUAUUCUCAGAUAGCAACCAGGAAACUAGUUCAAGGUUUAUAAUAAAAGACUAAGGAAAAUCCCAUGGCUUGUUAUAAGUGUUUACGUAGUGCAUAUAUUGUCUCAAAUUUGAAUCCAGGGGGCUCUAUGCACUUGGAGAAAUUCACUGGGUGAUGUUGAGCACACGUCACGGUUUCAUUAAAGUUGGCUUAAGGGGUCAGAAGUUCAGAACCAAAACAGCAUUGAUACCUUUAAUUCGGCUUUCAGGAAAACAAUAAAUCUGCGCCUGCAGGAUUUAGGACUUAUGGGCAAUUGGGCCCACCAUCCCCCGUGCAGUUCCUUAUUAUCACCAGUGGAUAGCCUCUCUUCAUUAACAACUAAAACAAAAACACAAAAUGUUUGAAGUUUGCGUAGUCAAGUUCUGGCAUUCAUGAACUCGUUUAAACGUUUCUACUCUCUUCAGUUCAUUGUAAUAUUGUGCCAAAACUAAGGCUGGACUUGUUUAUCCCCGGAAACCAAAUAUAGAAGUAUCUUAUUAUUCU